CAUGCAUGAAUAUAGGGGAAGUAAUACUCCAGCCAGAAUUUGUUAUGAAGAUUUUCAGGAUUGGACCAAUUCUCAUAAUCUUAUUCAUCUGCCUACUAAAGGGGCACGCUUCACUUGGGCAAAUGGUAGAAGAGGUAGGGGAUAUACCGAAAAAUGGUUGGACAGGUCAGUUUGUAAUACUUUAUUUAUUGAUGCUUGGUCCUCGAUUAGUUGCAAUACGCUCAUUAAAAGUGAGUCGGACCAUUAUCCCAUUAUGCUACAUCUUCACAACAACAAUAAUGUGAGACAUGCUUCUCCAUUCAAAUUCCUUCGUAUGUGGUCUAAACAUGAUGACUGUGUCAAUGUCGUUAAACAGGUUUGGAAUUCUUCUAUCUAUGGUUGUCCUAUGUUUAUUUUAUCUCAAAAAUUAAAAACUCUUAAGUCUCACCUUAAGAAUUGGAAUAAUAAUGUGUUUGGUAAUGUGCAUUUAAAAGUUGAAGAAACUGCUACUCAUUUGGAUUUAAUUCAGCAACAUAUUGAUGCUACUGGUUAUAAUGAUAUUCUGAUGGAGCAGGAAAGAGUUGCUAAGUUGGAGUAUGCUAAGGCUCUUCACUUUGAAGAAGACUUCUGGCAUGAAAAAGCAAGAAUUAAGUGGCAUACUGACGGUGAUCGUAAUACUCAGUAUUUCCAUCAGUUAGCCAAAGUUUGA